CCACUCACAUUCUCACUCUUGUUGUCUGUUUUCCAGAAUCAUUACUCAUUUUGUUUUAUAGGAUAAACUACAGGGAUACUUGUGGAGACCUUGUGAUGAGGAUCAUCCCAUCAUCCUAAAAUCUGAUGCAGCCUAAUUCAGCAUGUUCACGUGGAAAACUUACUAACUGUAGAAAAGAUGGAAGAACAAAAGCUAGAUGAGUGCAGUAAGAAAUCUGGCAGUGAGAUUUCUAACAGAGCUGGUGACCUGGAGAGAGUUAUUUUACAAGACAGAAAUGAGACGGUGAGUAGGAAAAGCAAACAAGAGGCUCGCAAAAAGAGAAACUCGCAAAAUCGUCCAGCUUUAUCUCAAGACGUGAAUGCGGAUGCAGAUUUCGCACGGCCUCCAGCAAAGAAAAAGCAAAGCAAAGGAGUGAAAACAUCAGUUCAGAAAGGAAAAACAUCUGUAGCGCCAGGUAUCCAAGAGCACGUGGCAGAGGGUACCGAACACAUCUUCCGCACUCACAUAUGCACAGAAUGCCGGCGCUGCUUCAAGACUCGCUCGCACCUGAAAGAGCACAUGCGCCUGCAUUUCCCAGACCCCAGUCUACAGUGCCCCACGUGCAAGAACUUCUUCACCAGCAAGAGCAAACUGCGCAUUCACAUGUUACGAGAAUCUGGUGAGAAGCUGCACCGCUGUCACCUGUGUGAGUACGGCACGGUGGAACGGAACACACUGCGUCGCCACAUCACCAGCGUCCAUGGCCAUCAAGAAGAGACUGAGGAUCCCAGUGAACUCUUCACGUGCCCGACUUGCCAAACAAGCUUUGGGCAGAGUCAGGCACUAAAGCUGCACAUGAAGUCUCAUCAGAUCUCACACCAAGGGCAACCCUUACCCUGCUUGCACCAAGGAUGCUCCUUUCAGAGCUCAGACAAGAAGCUGCUCCAGAAGCACCUGCUGGAUGAACACGGUGUCGAGGCUGUAGAGUGUACUCACCACGCGUGCUGUGCCUUAUUCAGGAGUAAAGACGACAUGGAGGCUCAUUUCCGCACACAUCAGGCCUUCCACUGCACCCAGUGCGACUUCUCGUGUUCCAACAAGAGCCGUUUUCAGCAGCACAGGCGACAGGGCCACGCCGGAGAGACUCAGCUCAGGUGCAGCUUCUGUUCUUUUACCAGCUUCAAUCCGGUGGAAUUUGAGCAGCAUGUUGGGCACCUUCAUGCCAACGAGAAAACACACAAGUGCCAAGAGUGCAGCUUCGUCACUGCUCACAAAAGAGUUCUGAAAAGACACAUGUUGAUGCAUACUGGUGAAAAGCCCCACAAAUGCGCGCUGUGUGAGUUCCGAUGCCGGGACGAGACGUACCUCUCGAAACACAUGCUGACACACUCCGACGACAAGCAGCACAUGUGUUCAGAAUGCGGUUACGUUACCAAAUGGAAGCACUACCUGAACGUUCACAUGCGCAAACAUACCGGCGAUCUCAGGUACAAGUGUAACCAGUGCAUGUAUCGCUGUCACCGCAUUGACCAGCUGAACAGCCAUAAGCUCCGUCAUCAAGCGAACUCUCUGAUUUGUGAGGUGUGCGCCUAUACCUGUAAGCGAAAGACCGAACUGCUCAAGCACAUGCAGCUCAAACACUCAUCAGGAGAAAAUCACCAGCCUCGAGUUUACCGGUGCAAGUUCUGCUCUUACUCCACAAAGUACCGCCAAGCUCUGCACAACCAUGAAAACUGCAAACACACCCAGACAAAAGAGUUUCGCUGCGCCCUCUGCUCCUACACCACCUUCAGCAACACAGGGCUCUUUCUGCACAAACGGAAGGUCCAUGGGUACGUGCCUGGGGAUGCCAAGUGGUUGGAAAUGUACGCAGAGAAAGAGAGACGGAACAACUCCGUCGAUGAGAUGCAGAGCUUUUACUCUAAUGUCUCUGAAAGAGAAGUGGGUUCUGGAAGCGAUUCAAAAAACAAGCAAGUGGUCUCGGAAAGUAUUGGUCUUCAGACUCUUAAAAGCUGUGAAAUAGCAAAUGACGAGACCUCAGAGCCUCAGGGCAGCUCUGAUGCUAAUGUAUCUGAGAAAGAGACGACCAAAGUUAUUAAAGACCAAGAGCAACGUGGUCUUCUAACGCCAUCUUCAAACGCUGACGAGGAAAACCCAGAGACUUCACAUUGUGAGACCGAAAACCAGGGAGUCAUGCCUUCAAGCGAGCCAACCGGGGACUCCCCAAGCUCCUGCCCCUUAUCUGAUGAUCCUCAGUUCCCUAACGGAUCUGUAAGUGACGAGGAAGAGGACGAGUUGGUGCCAAACUGUGAGGAAAGUAGCGCCAUAGAAGACCAGAUACCAGACAGAGCGAAUGAGACCUCAGCAACCGAGGCAGCAGGUUUGGAGACUCAGCUCCAGGUCAUGAGGAGGCAGGACAAAGACCAGGCAGAGGCCCUGAUCCUGGAGGGUCGAGUGCAAAUGCUGGUGGUUCAGACCGAACAAAACGUGUACCGGUGCGAUCACUGCUCUUAUGUGACGCACAGGCAGGCGGCCUUGCUGCUGCACUGCAGAUCGUCCUGCCGGGUGACGAAAGCAGCUCUUCGGUGCCAGGACUGCGGCUUGUGCUUUAAACAGCGACGCUCUUUAAACACCCACCGGCUCAGGAAGUGUCCUGCUGUACAGAAGAAGAAUAGGAAGACCUGCGCAGGGAACGCUUUGAGAGAUAUCGUGAUUGAUCAGAGCCAGGAGGAAGCACAAAGGAACGGUCACGACAGAGUGACCGACAGUGAGGAGAACGUCACUCAAAGUGCGUCAAUCGAUUACAGUGAUUAUGAUGGAAAGUUUAGAUGCAAUUCUUGCUCCUUUUCAUGUACGAGGAAAGCUACGAUAGCUCGGCACUGCGCACAAUGCACGGAAAGCACAUCAAAAAGAAACCUGGCUGUAAAUAAAGAUGCCGCAAAUCCAGAAAACAAACCAAGUCAGAUGGAUGGAGAGCCAGAACGUCGAGAAGAAGAUGGAAACUGUGAAGAAGAUUUGGAAAGAAAAAAGACUCUAAAACGCUUUUCCUGUCCAAAAUGCCCGUUUGUUUGCCAACAAAAGAGAGCGUUAACCAGUCACGAGAAACGGGGAUGUCUGAAGCCGGGUGAGAUCCAGUGUCAGCACUGUUCAUACGUCACAAAAUCAGAGAAAUCUCUAAAUCAUCACGUCCUGAUACACGGUAAAAACAAGGGUGUUAAACGAGGCAAACAGGCUGAACUCUGUUGCAAGCUUUGCCCCUUUACCUGCAAGCAGGAGCGACGCAUGAAUCAGCACGUCGCCCUGAAGCACGAGGGCAUCCGUCCGUUCUGCUGCCGUUUCUGCGGCUUCACGACGGCGCGCCGCCACCGCCUCGACGCCCACGAGUCCCUGCACACGGGUAUCGGCCGGCAUCGGUGUGAACUCUGCGACCAGACUUUUGGCACCUCGUCCAAGCUACGCCUACAUCGCCAGCGCAUCCAUGACAGGAAGCCGACGCAUUUCUGUUCUCUGUGUGACUACAAAGGCUACAACCCUACCGACAUCAGCCGCCACGUCGUGAGUUGCCACACCGGAGAUCUGAGCCACCCUUGCAGCCGCUGUGACGCCAGCUUUAGCUCAGACGUUGCAUUAAAACAGCACUUUAAGCGAACACACCAGACCUCCAGCAAACAUCGCUGCUCUCAGUGCAGCUUCACGUGCAGCACCCAGGCUGUCCUUAAAGCCCAUCUGCACAGUGAACAUUCUCAAAAUACAAACGUCACCUCACAAGAGACGCCCGAUCGCAGCAAGGUCUUCCGUGUGCACCGGUGCCCGGAUUGCGCUUUCACCACAGCGAAGAAGCUGACGCUCAUCCAGCACAUCAUGGACGAGCAUGAGAACGGACCCGACGAGGAGAAAACCCUGAAGUGUGACAUCUGCAGCUUCGCUUGUGUCCACCAGUUGGUGUUUGACCAACACGUCCGAUCACACGGUGGUACCUGUCACUAUAAGUGCACCGAGUGUGACUUCUCGACCCGGAACAAACUGAAAAUCACCUGGCACAUUCGUAUACAUACAGGAGAGAAACCGUACCGCUGUGAUAAAUGCGACUACACCUGCGCCGAUCCUUCCCGACUGAAGUAUCACAUGAGAAUUCAUCAGGACGAGCGCAAGUACCUCUGCCCAGAGUGUGGGUACAAAUGCAAAUGGAUCAAUCAGUUAAAAUACCACAUGACCAAACAUUCAGGAGCCAAACCGUAUGCCUGUGCGGAAUGCGAGUAUCGGACCAAUCGCGCCGACGCCCUGCGCAUCCACUGUGUGACGCGGCAUCGAGAUACGCGGCCCUUCAUCUGCGAGAAGUGCGGCAAGGCUUUUAAAACGCGCUUCCUGCUCAGGACUCACCAGAAGAGGCACAGCGAUGACCGGCCCUACGUCUGCUCCCAGUGUCACAGGGGCUUCCGCUGGCCGGCCGGUCUUCGUCACCACUACCUCAGCCACACCAGUCAGCUACCCUUCAGCUGUCGCCACUGCAACUACCGGGCCAAGCAGAGGUUCCAGGUGGUGAAACACCUGCACAAACACCAUCCGGACAAGUCCACGCAGGGUGGGGUGGUCAAGGACCCGAACGUUCAGGCUGUCUCACUACAGAAAGGCCAGCAUGGGCCAAAGCAAGAUGUGGACAUGGACACACAUGGGGAAGAAAAAACAACAGAGCAGUAGCAUUGUCUCUUUUUUAAUCUUCAGUGUUUUCAGAAGCUGUUGCACCAAAUGUGAAGUGAUUAUUCAGCAUGAAAAAUCAUUCCUAGCAUGCAAGGAGUCUGUGAUAUAUGUCAGGUAAAGUCAUUGUGUAUACAUGUACAUGAAUAUACGUUGCAGUUGUUUUUGUGCAAGUUUUAAAAACCAUAGAAAUGACUCGUUUAAAUGUGCAGAACAGUAGUGGCAAAUUGUGCAUGAUUUAUUGCUAUUUUCUACUCUGAAAAGGAAUAAAAAGGUGUAUACUGUAUUUAUAUACAUGAUGGAUAAAUGUGUACAGAUCGAUAAUGUGUGAAUAGGUUGGUGGACGGACAGAAGGUCGGACAGAUAUAUAGCAGUGGUAAACUGUAUGAAAUACAAUGACAAAAUGAAUAAAUUAGUAAAUUAA